AUGUCUGGCCUUGAUCUUUCAAUGAAUAAGAUCUCCGGUAAAGUGCCCAAGUGGAUUUGGGGCGUUUUUCUCACAUCAAGUACCAAACGUGUACUCUUGGACCUUUCUAGCAACAGCUUUGUGGAAUUAGAAAUAGAUCCAUAUCUUAACUUCUCAUACUUUGGCCGUUUACAGGUAACUCUAGACCUCCAUUCCAACAAUUUUCAUGGAAAAUUUCCAAUUGUCCCAUACAUUCUAGACAAUUUAGAUUGUUCCAGCAAUCAUUUCACUUCCAUUGACCCUGACUUUGGCCCAAAUCUAAUCAUAGCUUACUUCUUGUCUUUUUCCAAUAACAACCUACGUGGGAGCUUCCCUGCAGCACUACAGUAUGCCCUAAAUCUAUGUCAUCUUAAUCUAGAGUUCAACCAUCUGAAUGGGAAUAUUCCAGAUUAUUUUAUCAACAUGUCCCUUCUCAAUGUAGUUAAUUUGAGAGGAAACAAUCUAAAAGGUUCCAUCCCUGCUAUAUUUGGAAAUCAAUACUGCUACUUAGAAACACUGGACUUGAAUGGGAAUUUUCUUCAAGGACGUGUUCCUCGAUCACUUGCCAAUUGCAAAGCAUUAUAA